GCCGCAGGUUACCGCCCCCAUACGCGUGAACAGCCGAGUCAUUUUGACGUCCGGAGUUUGGAAUACUUCACGUUUGGAGUAGAGUUACGUUAUCGCGCCCAUGGUCUGAUUUUGGCGAAAGUGGUGACCACCGAUGCCGGAGCACUUCCCCUAUAAGUAGGCGGCAAUUUUCGGACGGUUGCAGGGGACGAACCAUGCGAAAAAAGAGAUCACGUGGAGCCUGAUGUGCACGCGUCUGCACUGGUCGUCGUCCCAGGAACGUUUCUGAAGCUAUGGAUAGCCUACAAAACAAAACUCGCAAGACAGACCAACCUGUUUCCACUUGCGGAAAUUAGUUUCUUCGGCACCGCGCGCUGCGUGCACUGUUCUAAGCACGUGCACGUGCUUCAUUGUCGCGCGCCGUCGCGCGAGGAGAAGAACGAGAAAAAGCCGUUCCCUUUCAUGCAGCUUUGCGAUGGCCCAUCCGCGACAAAGCGCCAAGGUCCGUCGCCAGCCCCUCGAAGUGCGCCAGCCAGGCUCCCCCGCAUUAGCAGCAGGGUCACCGCCGUGGUCCGGCUCCCAGUCACCGCUGGAAGAGUUGGGUUCACCACCAGUCCUUCCGGCUGCCAUCGUUGCCCGCAGGGACCUCUAUAACGUGGCAAGCGCGUACGUAACACCCUCCUCUCAUUCUCGUGUUCCGGCAAGACACCGGCAGGGCGAGGUGAACCAGGCCUCGCCUCCUAUCCGUCCCGCGUCAGGAGCCGGGACGACGGACACGUCGCCUGUGCCACACUCGGGGACCGCUGAGAAUGCGCGGCGUUACGCCGGCUUUCCAGGAGUGCCGGCGUACGUGUUGGCGCCGGAUGUCAUAAUUUUCACCCCUCGCAGCACGUCGCCGCAGUUACAGGCGCGGUCAGCAGAACCGCUCACUGCAGAGCCACCGUCCGACAUUUCUGCUGCUGGCGCCGCAGAGACCACCGGUGACGAGUCGAGCCCAGCUCAGGCGCCCAUAAUACCGUCAUCGGGCGUCGAAAGUAAUUCCGAGGACCAGGCGGGGGGCAGAGCCAGGACUCGCCUCCGGUUCACGCAGGCCUGGGCACUCUGCGUCGUGGCUAUCGGUACGCUCAUGAUGCCCGCGGGUCUCGUGAUGCUGUCUUACAUGAAAACUCCGCCCGUAGGCAGGAACACGGCGCGUUCCCGCGCCUUUCCGGUCUCGACAGUCUCGUGGACACGCGUUCCGUCGCCGCCGCAUGCGCCAGGAGGUAGCACCAGCUGGCCAGCCCUGCCAUCGAACUGCACCGAAGCACCGCAGCUACUCGCAAAAGUGGCCGACCUUCAAUUUCAGCCCGAGCGGCCGUUCAAUCGGACGACGAAUCACACUGUUUUCUGCAUUUACAACGUUACCCGUUUCCUGCCAUUUUUCGAUCAAACUGAGCAGACGUAUGCGCCGCAAAACAUGCCUCUCGAGUACUGCCGGAACAUCGUGUACUGGUCCAUGGCAGUGGGAGCUGACCAACCGAAGUCACGGGCCCCGGAGUUCGACGAAAAAUACGGCUUGGCCGUGCUGCGUGAGCUGCUCGAGUCGUCGCGCUCCUUGGGUCCAAAGAAGUUACUCGUGGCCCUCGGCGGGUACCAGAGUGACAGUGUGCGCUUGACCGAGAUUGCGCGAGACCAGCGAAAGAUGGCCUCGUUCGUGAGGAACGUGAUAGCGGUGCUGAAAAAUCACUCGCUGGACGGCGUCGCCCUGCACUGGGUGCGUCCGGAAGCUGCGUGCCGCCUCCCCGGUCGUGACGAUGACCUGUUCACCGUGUCUGCGAUAGUGGACGCCAUUUCAAAGGAGCUUUCACCGAACGCCAUCAGCCAAGGACUCGUCACGCUGCUUUUGCCCGCUGACCGCACCGUGGCAGGUCCGCUGGUCAAAGGGCUCGUGAACGCGGUCGACUACGUCAUGGUGGAGACGCACUUGCUGCCGUUGCCACGCAAGCCAUCGCAUAAACUAUGCACGUACCUGGCCGACGAAGUGACCCGUUUCAUCGGGUCGCUUGGUUUUUUGACUCCAGAACAGGAGAUGAAGGUGUGCAGCGGCUACAGUUUGUCCCCGUUGAAGGUGUCGGUGGCGGGGCUACUCGGUGUGAGGUCCACCAUUGGAUCGUACGACAACAAAUCUAGUCUGAGUGGCCUGCGCGCUAGGGGCAAAGUGUCCGACGUGUGCGGCAACAAGGAAGAACCAUGCCGCUACAACUACCUGGACAGCGACUGCAUCGUCGUCAACCCGAACUCAGACUGGUGGAACGUGUUCUACCUGUUCCACGAGACGGAGACACUGCAGGCCAUCAUGUCGCGCGACGCCGUAACCAAGGCGCAUAGGACCGUCCCGCUGGCCCGUUGCGCCGCUCUCUUCGACCUCGACAUGGACAACUGGGACAUACGACACACGUGCAAUGGCUUCGAUUCGACGUACACGCACCUGACGCACUUCCAGGCCAGCCUCAAAAGAUCGGCCAGCCCCUUCCAGUCUAUGCCUAGGUGCCGAUACUAGUUGGGGUGAAGCGAGGUCUGGGAAGACAGCGUCGGCGCGUUUCACGUGGCUUGCGCUUGAAAGACCCAGUGUAUUUGACAUGCGCUCGCACGCGCUUCGCUUCUCUCGCGUGCGUAUUCUCGCGUUAUUCUUUCGCCUAUUUCACGUCUGCCACAAGCAAGCAGUUUGCUUGCAGUUAUGGAACUAAGAGACUAAAUGUUUUUGUAUGGCUUU